AUGUCCCACACUCAGACAGAGCGAUACGCUCUUCGGCGGCUCCACAUCGACUGGAAGGAGUUGGAGGAGGAAAAAGAAAACUUGACGACCGUUGCGGCGCUGCCGACGAGCAACAUGUUCAUUUGGCACUGUAACCUUCGUCCCGACUACGGACCGUACGCAGGAACCAUAUUCCAUCUCAUUCUUCAAUUCCCCAAGACCUACCCUAAUUCUCCACCUGCAGUUGAGCUCGGUUCUAGCCUUCCGAACCACCCUAAUGUGUUUGAUGACAAUCUGGAAGAUCCAAACUGGCGAACUGUGUGUCCUAGCUCACUCUGGAUCUGCCUCGAUCUCUUGAAGCAACGCUACGUCUCGACGCCCUACGCUGGUUGGACAUCCGCGUACUCCAUUCUUAGCGUCAUUCUCCAACUCCAAUCCUUUUUGUUUGCGGAGAAUAUCCCACAAGACUGGGGCGGCUACCAAUCGGUAUCGGCUUCCAGGUCGUUGAUGGACAAGGCAGUUCGCGACGCCGAAAGCUUCCGAUUUGGGAUCGAGCCGCACGAUGGGGGCGUGGUCGAGCAUACACACGAAAAUCCAUGGCCUCCCCUUCCGAAAUAUGUUGGAGAGACUGGAUAUCAAGUUCGAGGCCGCCGCAAGUCACAGACGAUGCAUGUAACCUCCCCUUCGGUUCGUCCUCAGAUUUCAUCCGAACGUCAGCAACUUGAGCCAUUAAAGCUGGCAAUCGAUUCAGAAGAAGUACCUGUCCUCGGCUCGGAAGCGCCAGAAUCCACGACCAUUUCCAAGAUGUCCACACUCACAACAGCUCUUCCUCCCGAUGUCCAAUCCAGCAUCUUUACUUUCCUUGGCCCGAAAGAGCUGCUUCGUGUUCGGGAUGUGUGCUCACAUUGGCGAAAGGUUUUGUUCACGUACAACCUCUUCGAGAGAUCCCAGAUUAUGUGCUACCACUCCAAGGUGAAGCUUGACGACAAAGAUGCCGUGCUUGGAUUUGGACUCAAGGUCGAAUACUAUCCCGGUGGAAAUGCUCUAAAAGCAGUAUCUUCCCCACUCGAUCUUCUUUCGAUGGAGGCCUUUGAGGGGGAAGGUGUUCGAACCGGAGUCUGGCGUGGAGAUCAGGAAAGAUUUGACUAUUUCUUGCCUCUAAUCUUUUCUACCAACAGCGGACAAGGUUAG